CCUAGAUCAGCCCGCCAGCGACGGCAUGGCGACUGAUCAACAUGUCGUGUUCCACCCCACUCAGCGUCGUGGCUUGGAACCAGACUCGCAUACUGCCGAGAAACUGCACUAUGCUUCCCCCCAUCAUAUGCACAUGACCAGCCGGAGGUUCUUCAUCGGCCCAAUCCCCCAGGGCUGGUUACAGAACCAUCGCAAGUCAUGGUGGAAGACGAGAAUAAAAUUUGGCAAAUACUCCUCCAAAACCGUCACCUUCUCCGCCGAUCCAAUUGUUGCGCAAUAUUCGGAUGACUCCGAGGCCGAUCAGGACCCUUCGACGUCGGAACAAGAACAGGGUGCCUUGACAGAUACUACAGAGGAUGAAGGAGCUGGGAGGGAGCAGGAUGAUGAGACCAGUGACCAAGAAGCACAUCCGGAGAGAAGUCUUCGCACUGUGCCUUACACACUUGCCGAGGGCCAUGAUAUAUCUCACGCUACUACCACUGCCUCAGACAAUUCUAUGUCGGCAUCGGACAGCAACCAACGCAAUUGGGAUUCAUCCACUGGGAGGCAGGAUGCAAGCUCUGCAUACUACACAGCGAGAGAACUGGACCAGAAUGACACAGGCAUGAUUUCCUCGGGUCUUAGCACGGUAAAUCCGGAGCAAUCUGUGCAAGGUCCAAACAAGCAAACGCUAAGUACCACAAGCCAUCAUGGAGCCAGUCAGUUAAGCCCCAUGGCACCUGCUAGUGAUUAUGGAUCCACAACCGCAUUGCUAAGGCCAGAGUCGCGUUCCAAAGGAAAACAACGGAUUCCUGCUACCUCAUCUAUGAAUCUUGAGCAACAAGAACCCGAAGUUGAAACUACCGAGGAGGAACCCUUUAGCAAUGGACGGCGUGCGAGAAAGGAGCCCCUCCUUCCAUUUUCCAGAAAAGCAGCCAAACACAACCUGGAUGAUAAUCUCCUAGAUAAACAGCAAAGAGUCUUGUCUCGGAUAUCAAGGACCCAAGCCAAGUUCUCGCGCAACUUGCCGCGCCGGCGGAAGAUGAAAGAAGGAGAAGUCAUAAAGGCGGAAAAGAUGCUUGUUCGAAUUGAGGAGACGGUACAAGAGAAACUUCCGGACGACUAUUCGGAAAACGACAGUUACAAGAUGGAAACUCGGGUGGUGGAUCACUGGAGAGAAUAUCUGGUGGCAUGCCGCUUGGCCUCUGACGAAGAUGCGCCAUUCUCCCUCCAGAUGUACAAGACCCGUGUCAUACCCCAGGUGCAAAAAGCAGGCUCUCGGGUUUCCCCAUGCUAUGAGGUACCCUUGGGUCGAAAGAAGAUCAAGGUCAAUCUCUAUUCGCACUUGGACAAGUCAAUUGUUCUUUGGGGUCCCUGUAAACGGGGGACUAAGAUCUAUAUAGUACGGCCGAGGUCGUCCGCGCACGCCGCUGAAUGGUUCACCUUUUUGUGUCAGAUCAUGGGGAGGCGCCGUCCGUCCUCACUUCCAAUCCAUGUCCCAGACUUGGGUGUUUCUCUCGUGUUCAAUAACCCUUUUGAACAGCUAGAGGUUGCCCUUGGCUCGCAGAAAAAGGACACAGGCUUAAUCAAUCGAACCAUAGCCCAGGAAGAUUCGGCUGCUCAAGCCAUCAUACGCGGCUGCCUUAAGAUGCUUGAAGACCGUCCCGAAUGGGCCGAGGUACUGCACCAGUGGUCCAAGACUGAGAUUAUGGGCCUUGCCUGGAAACGAUACGAUCGAUUAGAGUGGAUCUUUGGCGCCAAUGAGGAGAAAAUGUACGGAUCACUUGCUAUGUACACUACGCAUGAUCUUGAGCUACGGCCCAAACAGCAUUAUACCACAUAUAUCAAGCAUGAUGGACGCAAAGAAGACGAGCCUCAGCCCGUGGAAGGUUUCUUGGUUCGUCUUACAUCCCAAAGAGGUGUACAUCAACGGAUGAACAAAAUGUUCUUCAAGCGACUAUAUUUUUUCACCCAGGACCACUAUCUGUUUUUCUGCAGACCUUCAAGAUCGCUACCUCCAGCACCUCCAAAGCUAUCCCGUGAUGAGUCUGAGUUGCCUUCAACGCAACAAAUCCUAGACGCAUCACCUCUUUCUUAUGAUAUUGACCCAUAUCCACUCCAGGAUGGGGAGAUUUCUUGGCUGUGCAAUGGCAACAAAGAGCACAUAAAAAAAUACGACGAGGAGGCCUACGUUCAACGACAGAGAGACAUUCAUAACCUUGAACAUGCUGAUGGUUUUAUUGACCUCAGUAGGGUACAGGAAGUACGACACGUGCGGCGUGAUAGCUGUCCUGCUGAUCCCAAUAUUCGGGAAGGGCCAGACGUCGAAUUCAACCCCGAGGCAAGAGACACACGCCGGGAUGAUGGUGCAACACAGCAAUUCAAUGAUGAAAGAACCUUCGAAAUGGUCCUAGAUAACACGCUUGUUGUCCGCUUCCAAGCAUAUAACGAUGCGACCAAGGACGAAUGGAUGAAGCGACUCGAUUUUCUGGUGAAAUACUGGAAAGCACGCAUUGCGACCGACGCGGCCGAGCUCAAGGCUCUUCGUCGACGCAACCAGGAGCUUCUGGGAAUCGAUGAGGAACUGGAGUCUAUCAUGGGACAGUUCGGCAAGAAAUGGGAGGUAAAAAAGGCAGAAGCAUCACCAUUACUGCACAACAUAUGCACACUAUCAGGGUGUCGGACAAUCAAUAUGUCCGGGCAGUUAUUUCGCAAGCCCCGUCGCCACUCCACCUUUAAGCUAUGCCAUGUUGUUCUAUCAGCCGGAAAAUUGCUCAUAUUCCGAAGCUCGCUAAGAAGGCGCAAUGGUGUUGAAAUUCCUCACAUACACCAGAACUUGGAGACAUCUAUCGACCUUAACGAUUGUUACAUCUACUCGGGUCUAUUGACGGACUCCGACCAGUUAUACUCCAACCAAACAUUCGACAGCAACCAUCCAGGACAUCGUUCCUUGCCCCGGGUGUACCUUUCGCCAGAUGUAUACACGAACAGUGAUGAGGACACCGCAAUUACGUUCGUGAUAUGGCAACCUCUGAAGAAGAACCUAUUCCGAGCGCGAGAGCAUGGAAUCAAGGGACAGACCAAACAGAGACUGAAGCACGUGUCAGCUCUUGGAGUCCAUGGACGAACCAUCGUGUUUAAAGCCCGGAGUCGAGUCGAAAAGGAUCGAUGGGUGUUGAGUAUAGCAUCGGAAAUUGACCGGUUACAGGAGGAUCGGCCGGAGGAUGUGCGAAUAAUCACCUAACAUAGCAAGUACAAAAGACAUUUGAGUAUAGUAAUCAUCUCUUCUGCAGGCAGAUCUAUCGCUACGCUACACGCUCCUUCUAUACCUCUACACAAGACAGAGAGUAUCCUAUGUACAUACAAGCUCCAAC